AUGUUUUGAGCCAAAUACAAAAAUUAAGUCGUUCGAUGUGACCGUCCGUGCAAGCGUCAAUCAUACUGGUCAAGUGUAUGACAGUUAAUAUCUUAAGUAUUGUUCCUGAGAGGCUUUGUUAGUAGACAGGAAGUUUCGUACCUUGAAUCCAAUUCGGAGGCUGUAAUUGGUGGGUCAAGCGGCGCAGGUUCUGUAUCAACGAGAGCUAGCGGCCGCGGCGGCGUUCACCUCGCAGCAGCAGCAGCAAUCUUCGACAAAUAAUGAUCAGCAGAAGGGCUGCACUGGAGGGAUGGCUUCCUCAGCUUCACCUUCGCUGUCCUCAGUCUACCCAGUCGAAUUGCUGGUUGCCGACGUCGAAGACCACUACAGAGAGUUCCAUCAGCUGGAAAAAUACCUUCAUGCCCCACGAAGACUCGAAGAUCAGUUUCUCGUGCAGAUCAACAAGGACGACCAGCGCGUAUUGAUAGAAUCAUACUAUGAAAUGAACUCAGCAGUUGUACGAGAAUUUUUAGGUAAAAAGCUUUCUUCAAGAAAUCGCAAGGAUCUGGACGAGGUUACUGAAAAGACUCAAGUUGACCUUAAGUCUUGUCGAAGACAAUUCGACAAUAUCAAGCGCGUCUAUAAGGCGGUGGAGGAAAGUCAGGGCAAUGCGGUCUCUAUAAUUGCCCAUCGAUUUCUGCUACCAACUGCGCUGUGUCGCGACUAUGCCGCUAUCGCCUUCAUGACGCACCAUCGGAUGGAAACAGCCAAGAAACGACUUGCUUUCCUUUCACUGAAGGAUUUCCUCAGUUGCGCCUUAAACAUGCUAGACAGUUGGACUUGUCGAAACACUGCGUGUCCGUAUGAAGAAUGCUGCUUGGAUCUCGAUCGUGAGUUCUUGGUGUUUUUGCGCGAUUGUAAAAUUCUAACGGAGAGGGAUUUUAUCGAGCGGAUACGAGAUCAUGGAGUGGCGCUUGUUCGCAGCAGUCUGGGGAAACACGCGCUUAUUGAUUUGGAAACAAAUUUUAAGAAUUAUUUACGUGUUCUUGUCAAUAUGGCGUAUAACUUGAAUCACAGUAAGGAAUUCAAGGACUUCUUUUUAGAUUGUGUAGAAAAGAUCGUUGAACCAAUGAAGAACGCCCAUUGGAGCUUAGUUGAUGUUAUGUCGUUCCUGAAAGCGCUAGCCAAAGCACCAAAACAAAGCGCCUUCCUUACGGAGCACAAACAUCAUGAGAACUGGAUUCGCUUUAUGGCGACGGUGUCAGCCUGUGUAGCACAUUUAUUUUCUGCAUACACCGAUAGCGAUGGACGAUAAUAAAUGGAAGGACUGACUAAUAGAAGUCGCCAAUACAAUCUGAUAACUAAGUGAAUAAUUAGUAUAUGGGGAUCAUUGCGCUGAUGUGACUGCCCGCUGGUGAGAAACGGAUAAUUUUGCACCAUUAUAUAUAUAUAUAUAUUUAUAUAUAUAUAUAUAUAAAUUAUUGUUUCGUUUAUAAUUAAAGUACUGAUUAUAAUUUUUCGAUGUGUAAUUACUUACAUUGUAAACGUAUAAUAAGGUUUUUAGUAUUAGUCUUCUGAUCUCGAUUUCAACAUCGUUAUUAGAGACGAAGAACGUAGAAAAAGAGUAGAUUCUAGAUUAGCGAAAGUGUAGGAUGCCUUAUGGGAAACCACGAAAGGGAUAUACUGUAGUCACAUUACACUUAUAACGUUUUCAUUUUUUUUAGAUGAAUAUAACAUUUUUAAAAUGAAUAUAAAUAAAAAAAUA